UCACUGCGCUUCCGUUGCCCAUGACACCGGAGCGAAGUUCUGACAGCUGAUUCCCCAAUCAGUUUAAAUCCACUCCGAGUCCCAAAUAAUCACUUUUUAAAGUUAUUUAUAGUCCGACGUGCGUCCUAUAACCUCCGGCUGGAGUCGCAGACAGCGCCUUGAACCGAGGAGUGCGGAUUAUUAUGGUGUAGCAAGGGGCGCUAGCUCUGAGACAGAAGGCUUUUUAGCAGCACAGUGCAGUGGUGGGCAGACCGAGGCAGACCACAGCAGCGCAGCCAUGCUUACGUUGGCCAGUAAGCUAAAGAGAGACGAUGGAGGGAAGACGGGCCGUGCCUCUGGGGCCUCCGACUCCACCCACAGGGUCUCCAUCAGGGACCGCCUCCUUACCAAAGAAGUUUCAGAACUUGAAGCCCAUCUCCCUAGUACAUGCAAAGCCAGUUUCCCAGAUGAGGACAAGCUGCAUCAUUUUCAGCUGGCAGUGUCACCUGAUGAGGGCUACUACCAAAGUGGAAGGUUUCAGUUUGAAAUAGAUGUCCCAGAAGCCUAUAACAUGGUGCCUCCUAAAGUGAGAUGUCUGACCAGAAUAUGGCAUCCUAACAUCACAGAGAACGGAGAGAUCUGUUUGAGCUUAUUGCGGGAGCACUCUAUCGACGGCACAGGCUGGGCCCCCACUAGAACAUUAAAGGACAUUGUCUGGGGAUUGAACUCCUUGUUUACUGACCUGUUGAACUUUGAUGACCCUUUGAACAUCGAUGCAGCAGAACAUCAUCUGAGAGACAAGGAGGAUUUUCGGAAUAAGGUUCAAGAUUACGUCAAGCACUACGCCAGAUGAUAGAAGCACCGGCUACCUACACCAGCCUGCACCAACCAACCAAACUGCUCUACCUUGCCUCUGCUUGCCUCGGCCAACUCGCCCAACGUGAAUCGACAGCUGACUCUUACCGCUCCCCCUCCUCUCGACAACAUGCCCUGCUGCUCACCAGAUUGCAAUAAACUCCAACCUGCAGGAGCGAAAAUAAAAAUAAAAUGAAAAAAGAUGCGUAAAGACUUGUAUACAGAAGAAAAUUAUGCUUUGAUUUGUACUAAUCGAUUGAGCGUUACGAUGACCAUAAUGUCUGUUCAUUGUGACAAGAUCGCCGAAUGACGCCGCCUCCCUGAGGUGUCCCUGAGCCUGUCGGAAACGAGCCAUGGCAACGACCGGCAAGGGAUGUGAUGUAUCACCGGCACAUACAAAUAAAGGCAGUCACGUUCAGCUGUUUAAGACUAAUCAAAAGAAGGAAUAUUUGUUGAUAUCAGUUUCUCCGUUCCAGUGCCUGCUAUGUUUGUGUCGCUAAAGAGAAAAUGCAUGAGAGUUCACAAACAUAUAAAUACGCACAGUGUCACAUCAUGUAGUAAAAGCUUAACACAUACAUCCAAGUACUUAAUACACUUAUUCACACACACUAGAGUCGGAAAGACCCACUAGACAGCAUGUGAAUGACCACAUCGUCCCAUUUUGUUGUCAUUCUUCUUGCAUGUACACACACACACAACGCUCACAUACAUGCUUUCUUUUUUGUGUUUUCAGCUCAAGUGGGAUAAAGUAAGACUACUAGAACCACAGCCAAAUGUAUUGUACUGUUUUCAGCUUCUGCUCUCCUCAUUGUCCUUUUUUGCCUUUUCCUCCUCCUGCUUCUCUUUUUCACACCUACACACUAACACUCACAUGUACCUGGGAGGGACAUGACUUGUCGCUCUGUAUUUAAAUGUGGUUUAGAAAUGAAACAAUGACUAUGAGUUUAUAGGACUGAUGUGAUUUAAUUUUACAUUUAUACCCAAUAAACAGUGUAGGAAUUGUG